CUGCUGGUCAGUAGCGAGAGGUAAGUCAGCUAACGUUAAAGUUAGCGCACAGUUUCUAUGUUAAGACACAAUAGAACAUAUUGUGCCGUUACCUCAGCCCAUAGUGGGUUAGAGCGGAGUCGGUAGUCCGUUAAACGCUGCCCUGAUGUACGAGACCAGACUCUAGAAUGUACCAGAGGUUUAACGUUAAGCUAACAUGCUAAUGCUAACUAGCAAAAAAAAAACGUCAUCUAACGUUACCGUUAUGUCGGCUUGCUAGCACGCUGAAACAAGCCAAAUACAACAGACACGACUACAACUUAUUGUUGUGAUAGUUUGAACAUUACACUAUAGGCGAAUGUAAUUGUCAUGUAACAAUACAGCAGAAAUGAGCGCUGUUAGAUAAGAAUGUAACAUUAGCUAAGUUAGCCGCCGAUAACGGUGAUCAUGAACACAGGUGUGUGGAGGCGCUAGCUAAGUUCGAGCUACAGGAUCUGUCAAGUUCAGUGAAAAUAACAUUUUACUUACAGGUUAUCAGCCAUUUGUUUGAGCUGUGUGUACAGCUGUAGUGUCAUGUCACAUCUAUGUAGAGCAGGAUGUGAUAAACACCUGUGUGAUGUGAUGUAAUGUAGCAACAGACCUUUAUCACGGCAGACAUCUUGACCUGUCAUAGUAGAAGAAACACAGGUGAAAUAGAUUUAGGAUCAGCUACAUGAAUUAGAAUAGAAUAGGAGUCCUUUAUUGUCAUUUUUUAAAUUUUAUUUUUGUUUCAUCAACAUAACAGCUGUAAUAUCCAGAAGUUGUCUAUAGCCAAUCUACAUUGUAAUUUGCUCUGAGUAAGAAUCAACUAUGAAACAUCACACAGUUUUAGAGUUUCCAUAUAUGUCAGAAAUGAUUGCCAUGUCCUGUUAAAUGUAUCCGCAGAGCCACCCAGCAUGCACCUUUUUUUCUCCAAGUGUAGAAAACUCAUUGGACAUGUAUGGGAGACGCCUCCUGCUUCCACUUCAUAAGGCAUCUAGCAGUUAAGGAACCAAAGGCAAGAGCAUUCAAAUAGUGUCUAGGAAGAGGUAUGUUCUCGGGAACUACUCCGAAAAAGCUGAGUCCAAAAACCACCAAUUAUCCAAUUACAAUGGCAUUUUUAAAAGCUACAGCUGUACGCAGUGCAAGUUAAAAGGUACAAACAAGUGACAACCCAGGUAAAAACCUUCAUCACAUCACCAAUAAAUACAAAUAAAAUAAAUUAUAAUCAAUAGUAAGAGGCAGAUGUUGUCACUUAAUGUAUGUAAUGUCACCAAGACUAGGAUUAAAGAUUAGGACCGUUUAUGAGGUAUGGGAGUUUAGAGUUCUGAUGGCCCAAGGAAAGAAACUGUUUUUAAGUGUACCGGUACCGCCUGUUGGAUGGCAGUAAGGCGAACAGUGAGUAGCCAGGAUGGGAGGGGUCCUGUAUGAUGUUCCUGGCAAUGUAGAGGCACUGGGAGCAGGAGGUGUCCUCCAGGGAGGGCAGAGAGCAGCUGAUUUUCUCUGCCAUGUUUGUUGUUGUUUUAAAUGUUAUAUCUGUGCUUUUCCUGCUUUGACAGGUUAUCCCAGAAGAAAUUUUUGCUGCUCACUUUAGUCUUCUUUUACUCUCCCCAGAAAUAAAAUAGCUUCUUAUUUGGAGUUUAUCAAAUUCUGAUCAGUUUCUCCUAACCCCCUGAGGAGAAAUAAGGAGCAAAAGCAUGAAUCAGCAGGAGUUCUUUUGCUGCGCUCAGAGGUUGCUCAACAGUGAAAACUGAUAAAAUACACAGACUUGACACUUAAUUUUGGUCAUUGAGACAAAUUUCUGAAAUUGUGCAUGCUAAUAUGUAAGCUAAUCAAGUUGUCUUUUGGAUUUUAGCAUUAUCUCAAGCUGAUUAUCUCAGACAAAUAAAGAUUACUGCAGCGACAGAGGAAAAAGAGCAUUUUAAUAUCUUAAAUUAGGAUCUGGCUGAGGCGAGAGGAAGGCUAUUCCUCAGGAGCUGAAUUUAAGAAGUAUGAGAAAAUGGUCAACAUCAUACAUGGUGUCAUACAGAGCUCAGUUAUGUCUAGGAGAAAUAAACAAGACAAAAAAAGAGAUUGUGAAUUUUCCUUUCCUCUGGGAUGAGGUCUGAUUUUAUUAAACGCACUACUUGAUGUAUGUCCAUCCAAUUCUAUGGCACAAUUUUCUGCUUUAAUUAUGAUGGAUGUUUUUAAUAUUCUGUACACCUUACUUACACAUAAGUAGGAGCAAAAAUAUGCAGUGUCAAAGAAAGCAUUUCUAUUUUUCUGGCCACUUAGUGCAGUUUUAUGUAACAGGAAUCUGACUUCUUUCUUGUUUCAGUCAAAAGCCAUCAAGAUGUCAUUUUUAUUCGACUGGAUCUACAGGGGGUUUAGUAGUGUUUUGCAGUUCUUAGGUCUGUACAAAAAGUCUGGGAAGCUGGUUUUCCUGGGUCUGGACAACGCUGGUAAAACAACGCUCCUACACAUGUUGAAAGAUGACCGACUUGGCCAACACGUGCCGACCCUGCAUCCAACAUCUGAGGAGCUGUCAAUUGGUGGGAUGACAUUUACUACAUUUGAUCUGGGAGGACACGUACAAGCUCGAAGAGUGUGGAAGAACUACCUCCCGGCUGUGAAUGGAGUCGUCUUUCUCGUCGACUGCGCAGAUCACGACAGACUCAUUGAAUCCAAGACUGAACUCGAUGCUCUCCUGGGAGACGAGACCAUAGUCAAUGUUCCAGUGUUGGUGUUGGGUAAUAAAAUUGACCGCCCUGAGGCCAUCAGUGAAGGAGGACUGAGAGGAGCUUUUGCUCUUGAUGGUCAAGUUACCGGAAAGGGAAAUGUCUCUCUGAAGGAGCUGAACGCCCGGCCGCUGGAGAUUUUCAUGUGCAGCGUGUUGAAAAAACAAGGCUAUGGGGAAGGUUUCAGAUGGUUAUCACAGUACAUGGACUGACACUGAAGCUUAACCAGAGGGGAUUUUCUUGACAUAUUUUCCACAAAGCAUGACAAAGACUUUGUCUCCUUGCCAGUGUCAACCAGCCCAAAUUUUAAACCACAGUAUUCAGAGCAUAUUAAGAUCAUAUUCUUUUUAACACUGAAAGCAUUUAUUCAGGAUUUAAAGGUUUCUAUGCAAACUUUUAAAAGUGGUUCAUGGUGAACUGUCCUACCUGUGUUAUUAAUGUGAGAAUUAACUGAGUUGUCUAACUCCAUGGCAUGUUAAUUAGGUUACAUCCAAAGGUUACAUCAUACCUGAUUACAGCAUAUGAGCAGACAUACAUUAUGCAAGAGCGUAGGUACAUACAUAUCAGUGUUGCAUUAUUUAGUAUGGAUAAAACCAGCUGCUCUAGUUGGAAUUUAUUAGGAAGCAAGUGAUGUAAGUUAAGGACUCGAUGGUGAAUGUGUAGGGUAGUUUAACGCUUGUCUGACAUCUGAUUAAAAUGGUCGAGUUUAGAUUUUAAAAUAUAUAACUAAAUACAGGAGAUCAAUUUCAGUUCAUUUAAUCUAAUGAUACGCAGCCACUGCCUUCAAAGCAUACAGCCAAAGAUGUAUGCUAAUGACUUUGGGAUUAGCAGGGGGAGAGAUUGGACUUCAACAAAAGAUAUCUUCCUUCCAUGCUGAGCGCUGAGCCAAAAUAACAGAACAAAACAUCAGAUCCCCUUAGAAACCAAAAAAGAGGAGAGACGGCAUGUCCCAUAAAUGAAGGCGCUGAGUAAACUGAGUCAAACUGUCAGUGUCUCGAUGGAACUGGCUCGUUUAUUUUUGCAUCUUUUCCUAUAUGCGUUGACCCAAAGUGAUGCUACUGUACAUGCUGCGUUGAAGGCAGCUAAAUGGAAGUGGUAGAAAUAAGUCUAUAACAUCUUUGAUUCUGGGGUGUCAUCUUCAGUGUCUUGGGUACAGGACUCAAAGAUAAAAUGUUCAUACUGAACAUAAUAUGAUGUUCAGUGGCUGCUCUUGCUUGAUUAUACAGGGUUCCCACGGUCAUGAAAUUCCUAGAAAAGUUUUGAAAUUAGAAAAACUGUUUUCCAGGCCUGGAAAUGGUUUACAAUUAACAUAAUGUUUUAGAAGAGUUUUGAAUUUACAUUGAUUUGGCCUUUGUUUAAGAUAUGUUCAUAAAAAUCCCAAAACAUGUCGUUAAGCAAAACACGUUCCUGGUAUUACCAAUUUAAAAUCUCGGGACUGUUGAAAUGUCACUAGUAUAAUGUGAUAUACAUAGACCAGGCAUCGUGUCAUCGUCAAGGCCAAGAAAUGCAAUGUCGCAUCAGAAAAGAAACAGAAAAAUGCUGAAAAGCUGUUUUCAACAUGUCCUUUACUAACUUUUGCGGUGUUUGGUCUU